UUCCAACAUAUGUCGCAAUAGGAAAUAUCGCUGAGUAGGCGUCCGUUGGGCUAUAUAAACAUCAAACUAACGCGAAAGAGACAAUUACAGACAGAAAGAACCUAACUAUGAAGAUGGCCGUCCACAAUUAAGUCGGACCUGCCCGUGAAAGGGCAGGCGAUAUAUGAAGUUUACUUCAUCGCUGUGCUAUCGACGGUCUUUUUCGAAGCAAAUAAUAUCAUUAAUAUAGAAGAAACCCGAUUGAUUCUGCGAAGAGGACAAGGAAGAACAUACACUUCUUCGGUGUAAAUUAGAAUAACUGAGAAUCAAAUAUUUCAGGAAUGGUCGUUGACAACCAGUCCUAUGCUCGCCUCGCCCAUUUGGUGCUGGACCUGGGGGCAGUUGCAUUACGUCAUUUUUUCUCGGCAUCUAUCCUCCAGAAUGGAGAGACAUUGGAGCAGUUUCUGACACGCAAUAAACAGAAUAUCUGGGACUGCUACAAACGGAAAAAGGUGAUUCACAAAUCACAGUACGAACUACUCUUCUUGCCAAACAUUCUGCACACACCAAAACUAGACGACUUGGAUGUGACAUUGCUAUGUUUUCUGAUCCGUCAAUUUCAUCCCAAUGUUCCAGUAACAUGGUAUGGUUGGAGUUGCCCAGACAAAGCUAAAGCAAAAGCUGACCCUCUUAUGACACCAGAGAUAGAGGCUAUCAUAAAUAUCAAGUACCACAGGAACCAACUGGCACAUAGAGGUACUACCGUGGUUAAAGACCAGGAGUUUGAAAAGAUGUGGAACACUAUUGCUCCCAGUGUUGUCACACUGGGUGUGGAGAAACCAGUAGUUGAGGAAGCCAGAAUGGAAGUCAUUGGCAUUCAACAUUACAUUCUACUCCUAAACGUUUUAUUUAAUUACUAAGGAGUAAAUAAGUUGUAUUAAUGAUACAUCUGAGACUCCGAAGAUCUACUUUAUACAGAUGAAAUAUGUAAUCACACUGGGCGUGGAGAAACGAGUAGUUGAGUAGAUUUUUGAAGUAAUAUGUAAUGUAUGGGAUGACAUAUUACAUCUGUAAAGUAGACAUCUUCGGAGUCUGAGAUGCAUCAUUAAUACAACUUAUUUACUCCUUUAAGAUGUGCGUUUGAUUUGGUCUUCAAGUGCAAUUUCAGAUCAAAAACAAUCUUACAUGGUCUCAAACCACAAGUAAGACAAUUACUGGACCGACUUGUUUUGUCUCCCCUCACACGUUCUCCUAUUGUGUCAGGAGCAGAGGUGUCCUCCAUUGUGAGCGGAGGAAAUUGCUUGACCACGUAAAUAGAUGUUAGAUCAUUUUUAUCUUUAAAAAAGCAGUUUCAGUCCAUUUCAAGACCACUGCUGUAAUGAUUGAGACCGUGUAAGAUUAUUUGUGAUCUAAAACUGCACUUUAAGACCAAAUCAGCUCUAGUGUUGUAUCCUAGUGCACUAGUGCUGUAUCCUCCCCAGGGAGGUGAGAGCGACAACUUAUAGUGUGCAGCAGUGCCAAAAUAACCAGGCUUCAUUUGAAUUUGGGAAUUAAAUAAAUAUAUAUAUAACUUCAACCCUCGUGGUUGCAAUAUCUCAAUAAAGAUUAUUAUUCUUA